AUGUUCAAGCUCCUCGGGGAGGACGCCAGCGUGAAGAUUGACGAGUUUGAGCAAAUGCGGCAGCUGCUGACAGAUUUCAAGAAGAGCAGCGACACGGCAAUCGCCACGUUCUUGUCUGAGGCCUACGCCAAGACAGAGGAAAGCAAACAGACCAUCAAGAAGGCCGUGGAGCAGACAGAGAGCAUUGCCGCGCUGCUGCCGACGUGGCAAGAGAUCACGAAGCGCGCCGAGAAAUUGGGAGUGGAGACUGUGCUAAGGCCGAACUUCCUUUUCCGCGUCAAAUGCGAGCUGGUGAAGGGUCUGACCAGUGCUGGCUUCCACCUUCACCACAAAGGCUUCGUGCAAUUCGCAAUGCAUCUGCACUAUCGCUUCAACCCGCUCCCCAAGCAGAAGCUUCCUAAGCGAUUCGAUGCGGUUGUGGAGGAUGUGCUGAUCGCGCAGCUGGAGGUCUUGGUCAGCAUUUGGCAAGCCUUGCCCCGUGUGGUCAAAGAGGAUAUGCCUGAAGUGAUCCAGGCCCUUUUCCGGCCGCAGGUGGAGCUAGAGUUGAUGACAAACGCGGUUGACGUGCUGGUGAACCGCUGGCAAGCUUCGAAGAAUCGCAUGAUGCCAGAUGAACUGGUGGACUUUUUUGCCAACUUCAAACCAGCCACGGAAGACUCGCCUGCGUCCAUGUAUUGGAUCGUAAAGGCCUGGCAGGCGGACAAGGAGAGCAAUAAUGAUGUGCACGAGCGGGUCAAACACCUCAGCAAACAGUAUCAGGACGCCGAGGAGUCCUGGAAGAAAGAGGCAGAGGAGAAGCUCAAGCAGGCGGAGAAGGCGAAGCUUCUGCUGGAAAAGGCCACUGCGGAGAAAGUCAGAUCGGUGAUUUGCAGCAGCCCUGCUGAGUUGAAAAAGGUCCAGGAGAGAUGUUGA